UCACAUGCAUCAUUUUUAUCCUUCAACUAUCUUGAUUUGUGUGCAUUAAUGUUAAGAUUACUUUUAAAGCAAGGCUCUGAUUAACGUGCAUGUUUUGGUCUUUGCAAAGACUAGUUGUGCCUAUAAGAAGCUAACUCUAUGGCAAGUUCUGCAAAUUGGUCCUUCUUUUCCGGACAAGUCUAAUGUUGAGUUUUGCACAAAUCCAUUAUUUUUUAUUGAACACAUGUAUCUUUACUUAAGCCGGUUCAGCUGAGUUUGUUUUUCAUAUAUAUUCAAGACUCGAAUCUGAGAAUUUGCUUAAGAAGAACCAAACAUCUAGCUACGACUUGAACCAACCACCAUCAGAAGCUUCACAAAUCUAUUAUUUAAGUCAAUCACAGAAACUGAAGCUGGUUCAUGUGAUAUAGUUAAAUGGCCAAGGGCUGGUUUAGCAUGGUGAAGAGGCUCUUUAUAUGGGAUACACAUUCCACACAAGAGAAGAAGGAGAAAAGAAGGAAGUGGAUAUUUGGGAGAGUAAAGAACAAGAGAUUGGCUACAAUUGAAGCCCCACCACCAUCAAAAGAAACAAGACUGAGUGAAGCUGAGGAAAAACACAGCAAGCAUGCUUUGAAAGUGGCUAUUGCCUCUGCUGCUGCUGCUGAAGCUGCUAUUACUGCUGCUCAUGUUGCUGUUGAGGUUGUUAGGCUCCAAUCUGCACACCAAUGUAGGGACAAGUCAGAAGAGUUUGAAAAUGUUAAAACUUGGCAUGAGGCUUCUCAAUUCACAUACAAUUUCCAGAGGAAGAUUGAAGAAUCCUCAGCCAUCAAAAUUCAAACAACAUUUAGAGGUUACCUAGCAAGGAAAGCUUUGAGAGCAUUGAAGGGAAUAGUGAAGCUUCAAGCUAUCAUUCGUGGCAGAGCUGUUAGACGCCACACUAUUAGUACUCUGAAGAGCUUGCAGUCCAUAGUAAAUAUCCAGUCCCAGGUCUUUGCAAGAAAUCUCCAAAUGGUUGGAGGAAGAUUGGAUUGUGGUGAAAAUGAAGAGAUGCAGGAUUCAAGAGACAAGAUAAUAAAGAUAGACUCCAACAGUGAGAGAAGGUGGGAUGACAGUAUUUUAUUGAAGAAGGAGGUGGAUGCCUCUAGCAUACACAAGAAAGAAGCUGUGCAUAAGAGAGACAGGAUAAAAGAAUACUCUUAUAACCAUAGAAGGUCAGCUGAAUCAGAAAGAAAUAAAGUAAAUGGAAGAUGGAGAUACUGGAUGGAAGAUUGGGUCGACACCCAACUUUCCAAGAGUAAAGAACUUGAAGAUUUAGAAUCGGUUUUCAGCUCACAUUCUAGAGCUGGUGAGGAAUGUGGAAGAAGAUCACAACUCAAGCUAAGACAUGUUCAGAGAACAAAUCAAGUUGAAGGUUUGGAUUCUCCAAUACUUUCUUCAAGGAAUCGCUCAUUUCCAAGUUCUCCUGCAUUUCCUACAUACAUGGCUGCAACAAAAUCAGCACAAGCAAAAGUGAGAUCCGCAAGCUCUCCAAAAGUGAGGAUAGGAGGGAAUUUGGACAUGAACUCUGAUUGCUAUUCUCCAUGCAACAGAAAGCUAUCUAUUGUUUCUUCCAUUAACCAUGAAGUUCUCAAUUAUGGUAGGACAAGCAAGCUUAGCAAUAAUCAGCAAAGAUCUCCUAACUUAAAGGGUCUUUCAAGGCCUUUAAAAUCAAGCCAGAAUAUUAAAGAUCUCAGUAUUAAUUCAGACUUCUCAACUCACAAUUGAGAUCAACAAAGUAAAUUUCAAAUGAAGUUAUAAAUACUGGUGUUGCAUCCACUACUAUAGUUUCAUGUUACCAUGAGAGGGCUUGAAUUGAAGUGAGAAUCUUUUUUGGUCUCAUGUAUAUGCCAGCACAAAUUAUACUUUUAGUUGAGUGGGCAUUGGUGUGACAGAAAUUUGUUAAGUUCUUCACUGAUUUGUUUAUUUCUUACUAAACCUUGUCUGAUGUAUUUUGUGGUGUUAUAUUAUACAUAACCAAUGUUCCUGGUU